GAAGAAGUUCAAAAGCACGUCCGAGUACAUUUACCUGACUCUGUUUCUGAACGGGGAGAACAGCGAUGUCAAGAUCUGUGCCCUGGGAGAGGAGUGGAACCUGCAUAAGAUUUAUCUGUGCCAGUCAGGCUACUUUUCCAGCAUGUUCAGUGGAUCUUGGAAAGAAUCCAGCAUGAACACCAUAGAGUUGGAGAUUCCCGACCAAAAUAUUGAUGUAGAAGCUCUACAGGUGGCUUUUGGCUCCCUGUACAGAGAUGAAGUGCUAAUAAAACCCAGUCAAGUGGUUGCAGUUUCAGCAGCAGCCUGCAUGCUGCAGCUGGAUGGCUUAAUCCAGCAAUGUGGUGAAACAAUGAAGGAAACCAUUAAUGCCAAAACUGUGUGUGGUUAUUAUAAGGCAGCGGAGACGUACGGGUUAGAGUCUGUGAAGAAAAAGUGCCUUGAGUGGCUCUUGAAUAAUGUGAUGACUCACCAGAGUGUGGAACUCUUCAAAGGAAUCAGCAUAAACCUCAUGAAACAGCUGAUCAGCUCUUCAAACCUCUUUGUAAUGCAAGUGGAAAUGGAUGUGUACACCACGCUCAAAAAGUGGAUGUUCCUUCAGCUCGUGCCUUCAUGGAAUGGGUCUUUGAAGCAUCUCUUAAGCGAAGCUGAUGCCUGGUUUGCAGAGCGCAAGAAAGAUUUUGACAGUGACAUUGCAUUCCUGGAAUCAGAAGAUGGGAAUCGGUUCCUGUCGGUGUUCACACACUUGAGGUUACAGCAUAUCAUCAGUGACUUGGCAUCGGCCAGAAUUCUUGAGAGAGAUUCCCUCAUACCCUCAGAAUGGCUGUCCCCUGUUUACAAACAGCUGUGGUUUGCCAUGCUCAGAGUAGAACAAGAGAAUGAUAUUGGGCCUCAAGAAAUAGAUAAAGAGGAGCUGGAAGGAAGCAGCAUGAGGUGUGGUCGAAAGCUUGCUGAGGAUGGUGAUUACUGCUGGCGCUGGACUGGAUUCAACUUUGGCUUUGACCUCCUUGUUACUUACACCAAUAGUUGCAUCACCUUUAAACGGAAUACACUGAGUCAGCCAUGCAGUGGAUCAGUCAGUCUGCAGCCUCGGAGAAGCAUAGCCUUCAGGUUACGUCUCGCCUCUUUUGACAGCACCGGGAGAGUUACUCGCAGUAUAACAACAGGGUAUCAGAUCCUAAGCCUUGAGAAGGACCAGGAGGAGGUAGUGAUGUACUUGGACAGUAGACUCCUGAUCUUCCCACUCUAUAUCUGCUGUAACUUCUUGUACACAUCACCAGAGAAGCAGUGA